AGUGGUGUGAAACGCCGUGUGUUUGCUCUUCUUCAUCAGUGAGCCAAUAAGAGUUCGACACCUCAUUGUUUUUAUUUAAUGCGAAAUAAGUGUAGGGUAAUUUAUGAGAAAACUCAAAAGUUCAGGGUUUGUUUUGAAACUUUCCUAAAUAAUAAAAAAUGCGACCAAAGUCGGAGAAGGAAUAAGGAAGUGACUCACCUCGAUAGAGAGAAGAAGAGAAAGUUGGAGUCUUUUUGUGCGAGAUGGAGGCUCCAAGCUGUGAGGAGAUACUUGAGUGUAUGAGCUCUUGUCUCUCUCAGAUCAAAUGGCGACUUAAGCCCAAUUCUAAACGCCGUCUCGAAAUAGAUGUGCUGGCACUAUGCACGGGGAUGAGACCAGUUGUGAUGAUUGACUAUGGAGGCAAGUUGCCUGAGCUACAAGAUCGCUUGCUUUCCCUUCUCGAGCUUAUCCAAGAGGUUUUACCAGUUUUCAAAGAUCUGAGAGUUAUGGUUAUAGAGGAUAUGAUUUACCUGAUCAAUGUAAGAAGACUGCCCAAGUGGUUGAGUUCAGAACCUGAAUUGUUCUUCGUCGACCUGGAACAAGAUCCUCCACAGAUGGUGGAACAAAGCAAGGAAAGCAAUCUAGGGAUGCAGCUUAGGUCGAUUCAGAAGCUAUUCUCUUCCACAUUUCCUUUAGAUGGCAGCAAUAAUGAUGCCAAGUCUUCUUUGUUCAUUGAUCUUAGUUGUUGUUUACAAGACACUAAGGUUACAAUCCCAACACUAAACGGGUGGCUCCUGGACUACCCGGUUGUGUAUUUAUUCGGCACAGAUCACAUAGAAGAAGCAAUCUACAACCUCUCAACCAAGUCUCUCCGCAUCUUCAAAGUUCUAGUACAAAGGAAAGGUACCACCGAGAAAGACUCUCUUUUAGAAGAGCUAACAAGUUUUUCGGUGCCAUGUGAACUGAGUAUGGGAGGUAGCAAGGAAGUGUGGGCUGAAGCAUUUAUGGAGAGGAUGAGUUCAAGGUGGGAAGAAUGCAAACACAUUUGGAGAUCAUUGGAUUUGCAAGUUUCUGAAUGUUAUCCUCAAGCUAUUGUUCUUUAACGCUUUCUCUACUUCAAAACAAUCCUUCUCUAGCUUUGUGCGCGGUCGUCAACAAUGUUGCAAAGCACGGCACCAACAUAUGAAUCACCAGCACCAGUUGUAUCCACUGCCUUGACAUGGAAAGGAUCAACAGAAUCAUACAAGCGCAAGAACACAAUCAAAGUCACACUAUUAGUUAAGUCAACUCCGCAAGAAAGAUAACUCUUCAAGAACCAUUAAUCUUGGUGUAAUAUUUACAACCCUUUUCGCCCAAAGUGACUAAGAGAAGUUUAAAGUUAUCAUGCCACAGAGACAAAGCAGUCUCAUCAUCAAAAUUAA